UUGAGUUUGCUUCUGAGGAUGAACUCUAUGGUCUUUGUGAAGAGACAGACUGUAUUUACUGCAGGAUUUCUGUCCCAAUGAUUCAGCAUCAUCUGUCACAGCGUCAUUUUAAAGGCGCAAUAUUUUACAAAGAAGCAAAUUCAGUGAAGUUUACUAUACCUUGCUACUGCACUGAUGGAGCACAUGGCAGGAGCCACUGGCAUUGUUCUAAGUGUGCAAAAACUAUACAGAGAGCUGUGGAUUUCAAAACACAUUUGAAAAAACAUGGUUGUGAAAUGGCAGAGAAAUCUUCAGUGGACCCGCAAACCACUAGGGCAAUAAAAGAUUCUAUUUCAGAGGAAAAGCUAUCCUUGGAAGAGCAAGCUCAGAAACAACUCCAACACCAGACACCUGUAAAGAGAAACCUCCCUCCGGAAAAGGCACAUUUGAAAUGCCAGACAUGCAGGAUUGAGUUUUCCACUACAUCAAAUUUAAGGAGACAUGAGAAGAUGCAACACGGCUUGGAGGAACCUAUGCUUUGCGUAGAUCAAAAAAAUGCUAUAUAUGUGACACCAAAGGAGCAACAUGGGCCAAGACUUCCAGUCCACAUUAUUAAGUCACCUCACCUUGAUAGAUUAUUUUGUGAGUCAGAAACAUGUAGGGACAUGUCAAGUAUAGCCACCCGGAGUGGAUAUCCUGCAACUGAGUGUCGCCACCUUAAAAGGUCAUGUACGGCAGAAGGAUACAUUCCUCCACCACCACUGAACAGUAUCUCUUUGGACAAAAUGCUGGACAAAGGAUUAAUCUCCAAGUCUAGGCUUCAGGAAUGUAGGGACCUACAUUUGAAGUCCAGUGAAGAGGGAGUUGAUUGUGUCUUUCCUGUUUUUUGGGGAGAACAUGGCCUGUCACAGAGAUACAUCUACUUCUCUGUAUUCACCAACCUCAAAGACAGUUGGUGUCUGCUUGGGAGAACAAUCGUGACAUUUGACACAAUAUCUGGUAAAUGGCACUGCCAGUGUAGGGGCACCAAACACAGACAGAGUUGUGUUCACCGAUAUUUAUGCAUGUGGUGGAUAUUUCAGGAACGUCCAGAGUUCCUACAAAAGGAUGUUAAUGUAACUCCAGAAGAAAUAGAAGACCUUAACGAGCAAGAAGAGAUGGAUGAUGAGCCACAACAACCAAAUGAGACAGAAUCAGGGGUCAUUCAAAUGACAGAGUACUUUUUGAAGAUUAAAAGAAUCCCAGAAGAUCUACCGCAAGAUUUAAUAAUCACUGAAAUGCCUGUACCUGAAAGCUUUGUGCCUGAAGAGACACAGUGCCCGUACUGCCCAGGACCAUGUCCCCCCAACCUUGGCGAGGCGCAAUUGAAGACAAAGCAUGCCACCAUUUAUGGACUGUUUUCUGUGCACAAAGGUAUUCAUGUUUACAUAAAAAAAUGCCCAGUGUGUGGUAACACAGUUAGAUUCCAAGAAUACAAAUCAGGUUUUCACAAUUUCAAUGACAAAGUAUUCGUCACAAUCCCAUUGUGUUCACUUUUGACCACAGGGUUUUCGAAUCACAUUGCUGUUGGACGUUUAUUACGCACUUUGGAGGACCACAGCAAAGUGUAUAUUCCACACAACACACUAAGAAAAGCCUUUUACCACUUCAGUGCAUUGAGAAGUUAUUCAUAUAAUUUCUUCUGCUAUCGUUGUGGACAUCAUGCUCCUAUACUGAUUGCAGACACAAACUGGAAAGUGGCUUUUGACUUGCCAGUGCAUCUGAUGAAACGGCCAGAUCUGACCAACAGCACGUCCCAGGACACACAGGUGAAUGUUACAGAAAGAUGGGAAAACCUCGAAAAGGAGAUAAUUGCAACAGGAUUCUGUGAUGAUACAUGCAGCAAUCCCUUUUCUAGCUCUCUGAGUUAUUCUGCUUUUACACCAUGGAUUGGACAAUAUUCCAGAAUGUCAAAUGUAAUUCCAAAGACUGAGAUUUACAAAGGACUCUCCCAAAAGGACAGAUUGUGUCCAAAGAGAGCAAAUGAGGAAGUUGAUGAGGACAAGAUACGGCAAAUUCUGGACACAAAAGUGGUAAUUCAACAUGCACAUUACAUCUUAAAGUGUAUUUAUGGAGUUUAUGUAUUGGUUAGUACUAAGAACUUUGGAGACAAUGUGGUACUUGUAUAAAUUAAUGAUUUAGCCGCGGUUGUAUG